AUUUCAGCCAAAAACCAUGUCAAAAGUGUGCGAUGCAAUUCUAUCGGACGACGAUGAUGAUUUGGAGAUGGAUGAAGAGCAGGAAAAGCCAUCUACGAGCUCAAAAUCCGUGAAAAAUGAAGAAUUUGAGGAAUUUGAAGACGGCGAAGAUGUAGAGGAUGAGGAGGAUGAAGCUUCAGAUGAAGAUGAAGAAGAAUCUGAAGGAGAAGAAGGCGAUGAAUUCAAGUCAUCAGAUGACACCCCAAAGCCCAUUCAAAUCUCCGAAGACAACAUGACAACUAAGAAAUUCUCCCAACUCGGCGUGUGCUCCUGGAUCACUCAACAGCUUCAAACUAUGCAAAUUAAGACGGCGACGCCAGUUCAGGCGGCUUGUAUUCCAAAAAUUCUCGAAGGAAGCGAUAUUUUAGGCUGCGCACGUACUGGAACAGGAAAAACCCUGGCUUUUGCAAUUCCAAUUCUUCAAAAACUCUCAGUUGACCCAUACGGAAUCUAUGCUCUAAUUCUGACUCCAACUCGAGAGCUCGCCUUCCAAAUCGCCGAGCAAUUCACUGCUCUCGGAAAACCAAUAACUCUGAAAUGUUCUGUAAUUGUUGGUGGCCGAAGUUUAAUCCAUCAGGCCAGGGAGCUCAGCGAGAGGCCUCAUGUGGUUGUAGCCACACCUGGAAGGCUUGCAGAUUUGAUUGAAAGUGAUCCUGAUACAAUUGCAAAAGUAUUCAAAAAAAUUCAAUUUUUUGUGCUUGACGAGGCGGAUCGGAUGCUUGAAGGACAGUAUAAUGAUCAACUUAAACCGAUUUUUGAAUCAAUUUCUGAAAAACGACAGACUCUUCUACUAUCGGCAACUAUCACGAAUAAUAUCAACAUGCUUCAUAGGGUCUCGACACGAAAACCAUAUUUCUUUGAGGAUAAGGGAAAAGAUGAUGAGUCGACGGUUGAUCGGCUUGAGCAGAAAUAUGUGGUGUGUCCGGUGGCUGUGAAGGAUGCUUAUUUGGUUUAUGUCGUCAAGAAUUAUAGCGAAAAAAAUCCCAAAUCAUCAGUAAUGAUUUUUGCCCAAACAUGCCGUGAAUGCCAGGCUCUUGCCUAUAUGUUCGAAGGACUUGGUUUCCGUGUUGGCUCUCUUCACUCUCAAAUUCCACAGAAACAACGUCUGGCAGCACUCUCCGCUUUCCGUUCGAAAACUCUUCAAGUCAUUAUUUGUACUGAUGUAGCAUCACGUGGAUUAGAUAUUCCACACGUGGAUCUUGUCGUGAAUCAUAAUGUUCCACAGUGUCCAAAAACAUAUAUUCAUAGAGUUGGACGAUCUGCGAGAGCUGGUAGAUUUGGAUCUGCGCUGAGUUUUGUUACACAAUAUGAUGUGGAACUUCUGCAGGCUGUGGAGCAGGUUAUUGGGAAGAAGCUCGAUGAGUUGAAGGUCAGCCCAAAACAUGUCACCAAAUACGUCACCCAAGUGCUUGUGGCGAAGAAAGAAGCCGAGUUGAAGCUGGAAAAUCAGAAAUUCGGAGAGAAAAAGGAGAUUAAUCGAAGAAAAGAGCUUCUGAUGAGUGGAAUGGAUGAAGAUGAAGCUGAUAGGCAUUUGGAGGAAAUGAGGACUCGAAGAAUGACAAAUUCCAAGAGAAAGCUGGAGAAAAUUAGUGGACAAUUGGAUAAAAGAGAUCGAUUUCAGAAGAAAUUGGCGGCGAAAAAAGUGAAAAAGGAAGAAAAUUGAAUUCAUUUUAAAUAUUGUAAUUUUUGUUCAGCUUGUGUCGAUUUACGCGGCUCGUGUACUCCUCGUGGAGAAGUGCAAAAUUUUUACAGUUUUUGCUCAAAAUUACAGAAAACUGUUAACAAAAUGCAAAUUUUUGAACAAUUAAAACAAUUAAAAGUGGCCAAAAAUUACCAAAAAUUGCAAAUCUCCACUUUUUCAAAUUAAAAUUACGGUAUAUUUUUGGCAUUUAAAGUUGUGUUUGCGGCAAACGAUUUUUUUCCGGCAAAUCGGCAAAUUUGCCGGAAUUGAAAAUUUGCGGUAAAUCGGCAAACCUGCAACUUGCCGAAAAAACGGAAAUUGCCAUAGAUUUUCGGCAAAUUGCGAUUUUUUACCUUUUUUUUUUUUGAUAUUUCAGAAUUUAAAUUUUAAUCGGCAAAACUGUACGCAUCCUAUGACUAUUCCUACAUCUAAUUUGAAAAUUGGCAAAUUCUAUGAAAAUAUCUAGAAAACCGACAAAAAAAUUUCAAAAAAGCACAGUUUCAAGUUUUUCCGUCUCGUAAAAAUUCUUCCAAAAAAUUCCUGCAAAUUUAUGUUCGGUAAAUCGGCAGGUCGACAAUUCGCCGAUUUGCCGAUUUUGUCGACAAAGAAAUUUGCCGAACAGCAACUGUUAACAAAAUGCAAAUUUUUAAUUUAAAAUUAAAAUUUUUAAGUUGCCAAAAAUCACCAAAAAUUGAAAAUCUCAUUUUUUUUCUGGGAUUUAAAGCAAAAAAUCAUUUUUUUUUAGUGUUAAAUUCAAAAUUCUAGUACUUUACUUCUCCUCGUGGAGUACACGAGCUUGCGAUUUCUGUUGUUUUAGAUUUAAAUUGUUACUUUUUUUGUUUUGUUUUGUUUUUUUGUUGUUGAUUUCUUUUGAAAAAAAAUCAAUAUUUUCUA